AUGAAUCCCGCUACCAGAGUGCUGUCUCUGCAGGUGCUCCGCAGCAUACGGGCACCCCUCCAAUACAAGAAGCCGCAGACAUGUUGUUCCUUGGCGAUUGUCCAGCGUGGAGCAGCUACCUUUACACAUCCGCAGCAUGCUUCUGCCAUUUCUAUCAUACCCACGCUUGUGGACAAGUCUACGGAAGAGUACAAGGAGAAUGCAAAGCGCUUGGGUGAUCUUAUGUCGAGAUACACUGAACUGCACAAGAAACUUGCCCUUGGUGGGCCACAGAAGGCUAGAGACAAGCAUGUCCAGAGAGGAAAGAUGCUUGCGCGCGAUCGAGUAACGGUGCUUGUUGAUCCUGGAAGCCCAUUUCUCGAACUGUCGCCAUUGGCCGCAUACGAAGUCUACGAGGAGGAGAUCCCUGCCGGCGGAAUCAUCACCGGUGUGGGCACAGUCGAAGGCGUGCAGUGCAUGAUUGUAGCAAAUGAUGCUACGGUCAAAGGGGGCACAUACUACCCGAUAACGGUCAAAAAGCACCUUCGAGCACAAGAAAUAGCUCAGCAGAAUAGACUACCCUGCAUAUACUUGGUCGACUCAGGCGGUGCGAACUUGCCGAAUCAAGCGAAUGUAUUCCCGGACCGUGAACAUUUUGGAAGGAUCUUCUACAAUCAAGCAAGAAUGAGCGGCAUGGGUAUACCACAAAUAUCCGUAGUUAUGGGUCCCUGUACUGCAGGUGGAGCGUACGUGCCUGCAAUGUGCGACGAAUCCAUCAUCGUGGAGAAUGAAGGUACCAUCUUUCUUGCUGGGCCGCCACUGGUAAAAGCGGCGACCGGAGAAGUGGUUUCCGCUGAGGACCUCGGAGGCGGCAGACUGCAUAGCUCGAUAUCAGGAGUCACGGACUACCUGGCUGUUGACGAUGCGCAUGCUCUGGUCUUAGCAAGGAGAUCGAUAGGAAAUCUCAAUUGGCCGGGUCAGGCCUCCGCCCCUAAAGUCUUUGAGGAGCCUCUGUACGAUCUCGACGAACUCGGCGGAAUCGUAGGAACGAACUUGCGGAAGCAGAUCCCAGUUCGGGAAAUCAUUGCUCGUAUCGUCGACGGGAGCCAGCUCGCCGAGUUCAAGAGAGACUAUGGGACAACCUUGGUGACAGGCUUUGCCAGGAUAUGCGGUCAUCAGGUCGGUAUCAUUGCAAACAAUGGCAUCUUGUUCUCUGAAUCGUCACUGAAAGGGGCACAUUUCAUUGAGCUCUGUUGCCAACGAAAUGUCCCCCUGGUUUUCCUGCAGAAUAUCAGUGGCUUCAUGGUAGGCGCGGAGGCCGAGAAGGGAGGAAUUGCCAAGAAUGGAGCAAAGCUGGUUACAGCUGUAGCUUGUGCAGACGUACCUAAGUUCACAGUCGUUGUUGGCUCGAGUGCAGGUGCUGGUAACUAUGGCAUGUGUGGGCGAGCCUACUCGCCACGCUUUUUGUGGAUGUGGCCAAAUGCCAAAAUCGGCGUCAUGGGGCCCGAACAAUUAACAGCUGUCAUGGAGACUGUCGGCAAGACCGUCGAUCCUGAACUGCGGGAUCGCAUUGAACACGAAAGUGACGCAGCGUUCUCAUCUGCGCGGCUAUGGGACGACGGCGUUAUAGCACCCGCUCAGACUCGCCAAAUGCUCGGGUUGGGAUUGCAAGCUGCUCUUGGAGGUAGGAGAGAUGAAAUUGUCACAAAAUUCGGUGUCUUUAGAAUGUGA